GUUGCCUUAUUUUAGAGGCCAAAAAGAGAUAAAAAUUAGAGAACACUCUGUACAAGCUAUUUCAGUUCCCUCCACCCUGCUCCAGCUUCAUCAUCUAUCAGGUACCAAGCCGAAGCAGCGGCGCAAAUGCCGACAUCAGCUUCCUUAAUCUGCUCUUCCGCCGCGGCUUCCGGCCACUCCUCCCUUGUAGUAAUCCCUCCAUCUUCCGCCGUCGCCCUAAAACCCCAACUGAGGUUUAUCGUCGAUUCCUUCCCGAAAUGCCAACCCAUUCCGCCCUUCCCUUUGCCCCAAUCCACCGCCGCCGGCCGCCGAAGCUCUCUCAUUCCUCUUCGUUCCGAUAUUUCCGUCAGCGGAGCUCCUGGACAAUCCGGCCCCACCUUCUCGACGCAGCACCCGAAAAUUGACAAGAGCGGAAGGUUUUGCAGCCCCAGGGCGGCUCGUGAGCUUGCUCUAAUGACUUUGUAUGCUUCGUGCUUAGAAGGAUCCGACCCUGUUCGACUAUUCGAGAGAAGGUUGAAUCUCAGAAGAGAGCAUGGAUAUGAUUUUGAUAAAGAAUGGUUAAAGAGCUAUAACCAUAUGAGCUUUGGCGGGCCACCAGUGGCAACAGAUACCGAGGAGGAAGCGGAUCAACUUGUCCUGAUUGAUGAAAACGAGUCCAAAGCUGAAGCAGAAGUUCUUGCGGCUCCCCCAAAGUUAGUUUACAGCAAACUAAUUUUAAGCUUCACAAGAAAAUUUCUGGUUGCGGUUGCAGAGAAAUGGGACUGUCAUGUGCCUGUAAUUGAAACAGUAGCACCUCCGAAUUGGAAGAGCAAACCAGGUGGAAGAAUAUUGGAAUUUUCAAUUCUUCAUCUGGCAAUGUCUGAAAUAACGGUGUUAGGAACACGACACCAAAUAGUCAUCAAUGAGGCGGUUGAUCUUGCGAAACGGUUCUGUGAUGGGGCUGCACCGCGCGUAAUCAAUGGUUGCCUGAGGACAUUUGUGAAGAAUCUUGGAGGAACCGAAGGUGCUGAUCAGAUACUUGUUGGGCCAAAUGCCAAUAAGUCGCCGUCGAUUUUUGCUUAGGAUUAGACGCUAAAGGUGUCAAAGGGUGUUGUCAAAAUGGUGAAACAAAGCAACUCUUGUAUAUGGUAAUGGUGUAGUUAUGUGGCCUUUGGAAGUGCAGUGUUCGACUUGUAAAAAAGGGUAAUAUGUGUACUGAUGAGAAUGGUCCUCUUUUUGUGUAUGUUUUUGGCUUUGAAUAUGUUUGAUUUGUUAUGUUGUGGAGUCUGAUGUAAUAUU